UGUUGGCUCUCUGUGAUUGGAUAGCACAGACAGACGCAGUGGGCCAAUAGGAAACCAAGCUGUACAAAGAGAUCUACUCCAUCCUCUAUUCAGUCUCACAACGGUAACCUACACAUCGCUUUGAGCUGGAGAAGAGAUGUCUUCCUCCGAAUGACUAUGGAAUAUAAAUGUUGUUACAGUUUACAUAUGGAUUGGUUUAUGUUGGAAAGGACAUUCAAGCCAUGGAUUUUAAAGCUGCGUUGUUUUUGUUAAACACCACUUCUUUGGGAAAUAACCUGCUAUAACGGAUCGAGAAUGACAAAGAGAGUAGGACACCGAGACUGGAGGUGGCAGGCGCUCUGGUGGUAUUAUUUUUGUCUUUUGUGGAGCACAAUAGACGGCCAGACUCGUUACAGCAUCCCAGAGGAACUUAAACAGGGUUCCGUGGUAGGAAAUAUUGCCAAAGAUUUGGGGUUGGGGCUCUCUGAUAUUUUUGACCGAAAGCUGCGGGUCGCCUCUGAGGCGGGUCAGCAGUAUUUCACUGUGGAUGCAGGAAAGGGUGAGCUGGUGGUGAACGAAAGAAUAGACAGAGAAGCUUUAUGUGGACAAAGUGUUAGCUGUGUGUUGCCUUUACAGGCUGUAACAGAGAAUCCCCUACAACUACAGCGGAUAGAAGUGGAAAUAAGAGAUAUAAAUGACAAUUUUCCAGUUUUUAUGGCGGCGGAGCGAUCAUUGAAAAUAGCAGAAUCUACUGCUAUAGGCAUACGAUUCCCUUUAGAAGCUGCACAGGAUCAGGAUGUGGGUAGUAAUUCGGUAAAAUCUUACAGCUUAAGUAAAAACGACUGCUUUAGUUUGAAAUUGAAAGAAUCAUCAGAAGACCGACAGGUUCCAGAAUUAGUGUUGGAGAAAAUGCUUGAUAGAGAAAAACAAAGCAUUCAUGAACUGCUACUGACAGCUUUAGACGGAGGCAAUCCAGUAAAAACUGGAACCACAAAAAUUAUAGUUACUGUACUCGAUAAUAAUGAUAACGUCCCUGUUUUCAAGAAGCCUUUAUAUAAUGUAUCUGUACCUGAAAAUAGUCUAACUGGUGCAGUACUCGUCAAAGUUGAAGCAACGGAUGCAGACGAGGGUGUCAAUGGGGAGAUCGAAUAUGCCUUUGCUGAGCAUACACCACAGUCCUUGUUGUCUAUUUUCAAGCUGGAUUCAAAGACUGGUGAAAUAUCUUUAAUAGGGAAAUUAGAUUAUGAAAGUAAUUCGGUCCAUGAACUCCGUAUCACUGCAAGGGACAAAGGGGUUCCUGAAAUGGAAGGCCACUGUCGUGUGAAGGUACGAGUCAUAGACAUUAAUGAUAAUAUCCCAGAAAUAGUUCUGACUUCAACACCUAACCCAGUCCGUGAAGAUGCACCAAGAGGGACAGUAGUGGCUUUAAUAAGUGCAAGAGACUUGGACUCAGGUGAUAAUGGUAAAGUCACUUUAAAACUGACAAAAGGGUCUCCCUUCAGCCUCAAACCAUCAUUUUCUAAUAAUUAUGCGUUAGUUACUAACGGUAUUUUAGACCGUGAGUUCUCUUCAGGAUAUAAUAUUGAGGUGACAGCCACUGAUGCAGGUUCUCCUCCCCUGUCCAGUAAAAAGAAUAUACCUGUGAGCAUCACUGAUGUGAAUGAUAACCCACCUGUAUUCACUCAGCCCUCCUAUAAUGUCUAUUUAAAAGAGAAUGGUGUAGCAGGUUCUAUAUUAUUUUCAGUUUCUGCAUCUGACCUGGAUUUUGGUGAAAACGCUAAAAUCUCUUAUUCUAUCCUGGACUCUAAAGUGCAGGACGUGUCAGUUUCAUCUUAUGUUUACAUUAACUCAGAUAACGGUAGCAUCUACAGCAUGCACUCCUUUGACUAUGAGAAACUCAAGGUGUUUCAGAUUCAGGUCCAGGCAAAGGAUCAGGGUUCUCCGUCUCUCAGCACCAACGCCACUGUCCAUGUUUUCAUCCUGGACCAGAACGAUAAUGCCCCCGCUGUUAUUUACCCCUCCUCCGCUGCCCUGGGCUCCCUCUCUCAUCAGAGGAUGCCCCGCUCCGCUAAAGCGGGUCACCUGGUCACUAAGGUGACGGCUGUGGACGCGGACUCGGGCCAUAACGCCUGGAUCUCCUACAAACUGGCGGAGGCCACAGACGCCUCUCUGUUCACUGUCAAUCUGUACACAGGGGAGGUGAGGACUAAACGCGCUGUGUCCGAGCAGGACGACUCCUCUCAGAGGCUGCUUAUAGAGAUCAAGGACGAUGGGGAACCGGUCCAGUCCGCCACCGUCACCGUGUCCAUCCUGAUGGAGGACGCUCUCCAUGAGCCCAUCUUGGACAUCAGACACAAAGUCACUGAGCCCAGCAAGAAAACUGGGAGAAUCACCCUUUAUUUGAUUCUGUCUCUGGCCUCAGUGUCCGUGCUGUCUCUGGUGACUUUUCUCAUCUUAGCGGUGAAAUGUAUCAGAAACAGCAGAAGCAGCGGUAGUUGCUGCAUGAGACGGACCGACUGUGAUGAUUACAAGAACCCCAACAGGAACCUGCAGAUUCAGCUCAACACUGAUGGACCUAUAAAGUAUGUGGAGGUCCUGGGAGGAGACAUGUUGUCUCAGAGUCAGUCGUUCAGGUCCUGUAUGUCUCCGAUGUCAGAGUACAGUGAUUUCACUCUGAUCAAACCCAGCAGCACCACUGACUUUAAGGAAGUGAUCAGUGUCCUGGAUGCGUCUUUACCCGACAGCACCUGGACCUUUGAGAGUCAACAGGUAAGCUGAAAAUCGCAAUAUCUUGUGAUAUUGCGUCAGCAACACUGGACUUUUGUUUUGUCUUCA